AUGUUCGAAUUUAAAGGUGACAUUGAAAAUAUAACAAAACAGCAAUUUAAACUUGUUAGUGAAGUGCUCGAAAAACAUGACUAUAAAGGAAAUCAUGUGCUUGUGCAGGCGGUGGGAAAGGCAGGCGACAAUUAUGGAUCAUACGUAAAAAGAUUUAUCGUUGAAUUUGAUAAUGGUAAAGAAUUUAAAAUGAUAGCUAAAAUAGCGCCGACGAUUAAAAUGCUUCGUGAACAAAGACCAAUAAGGGACUUUUUUCUUACUGAAAUUCUAAUAUACAAUGAACUAUUACCAAAAAUGAGAGAACUAGAGAAGAAUUUCGGUGUACCGGAGGAGGAAAGAUUUAAAUAUCUAGUUUGUUACGGAACUCUUUCAGAUUCGCUAAAUGAAAUAAUAUUACUAGAUGACCUAGAAACGCAAAACUUUAUCAUGUUCAACAAAAUGCAACCAUUAAGCGAUGAGGCUGUCAAAAUUGUUCUUAAAAACAUAGCAAAAUUCCAUUCUCUAUCCUACGUUUUGAAACGUAAUGAUCCAUUAACUUAUGAUAAAUUCGCAGCAGGUCUUGUAAAUACGCUAAUGAAUCAAGAAAAUAUGACUCAAAUGGAAAUGUUUUUUGUUGAAGUGUUAAAUGGCAUAAAAGCGAUAUUUGAUAAGGAAAUGUAUACUAAUGCUAUCAGUGAAAUUUUGGAACAUUUUAGGAAAACGGGAUUAAAAAUCUUGACUGCUGAUAAGGGUUCAAAAUACUGUGUAGUGCAACAUGGAGAUUUGUGGACAAACAACGUUAUGUUUCGAAUGCAGGGAGACCGACCAGUUGAAUGCACGCUCAUUGAUUAUCAGCUUGCUAAAGAAAGUCUUCCGGUUUCCGAUAUACACAAUUUGGUGUUCAACUGCACGGACUAUGACACUAGAUCGAAGCACUAUUACCAAUGGAUCGAUUUCUACCACUUAGAAUUGGACAGAUAUUUGAACUAUUUCGGCCUUAAGGUUAACUUUAUUUACCCGAGAGAUAAGCUUGACGCCGAUUUAAAGAGGUAUGGUAAAGUUUGCUUCGGACUGUCCCUGAUUAUGAUUAAUUUCUUACUGAGACAAACACAAGAGGCACCUGAUUUAGCAUCCCUUGAAAAUAUGGAUUUAAGUGAACUAUCUCAAAACUUUAAAGUGGAAAAUUUAACGGCGCAAACAUUUGAAGCGAUCAAAAAACGCGUGGAAGGACAUAUUGAAAGUUGUUUUGAAUAUGGAUAUUUGAGUGAUGUACGAGGAAAUUUUAAUUAA